AUGAGUGUCUUUAUGAAAAUUUGUUGUUUCGUAGUCAACGCGCUAUGUCUGCCCUUCCAUAUCCUGAAAGCGCUGGGUCUGUACAACGCGUACAAACGCGUCUUCCCGUUCUGCGUGCACCAGAUUUCUGUCAAGUACAACAAGCAAAUGUACGACAAGAAGAAGGAGUUGUUUCGUAAAGUGUCGGACUUCAGCAGACCGGGGGGACAGCUCACCAUUUUGGAGAUCGGCUGCGGGAGCGGCACCAAUUUUGAGUUUUAUCCCCCGGGCUGCAGGGUCAUCUGCACUGACCCCAACCCCAAUUUUCAGAAGUACUUGGAUAAAAACAUGAGCGUGAACGACCACCUCGUCUACGACAGGUUCUUGGUGGCGUCGGGGGAGGAUCUGUCCUCCGUGGCCGAUGGAUCGGUGGACGCAGUUGUCUGCACCCUGGUUCUUUGCUCUGUCAACAGCAUAGAGCAAACUCUGCAAGAGACACGCCGCAUUCUUCGACCAGGCGGAGCCUUCUUCUUCAUCGAGCACGUUGUCGGGGAAGAGUCAACGUGGACGCACUUCCUGCAGCAUGUCUUUCAGCCGGUCAUGAACUACUUCGGCGACGGAUGUGAGAUCAACCGGCAAACGUGGAAACAAGUGGAGGCAGCUGGAUUCUCUGAAGUCUUUCUGAGGCACAUCCAAGCACCGUUCUUCAUCUUGAUUAGGCCACACAUCAUCGGCUACGCUGUGAAAUAGCUUAGUUCGACGAGCUGUGUCGUAAACUCCAUCACUGCCACGUAGGGCUGCAACGAAUAGAAUUAAUUAGUAUGCUUGUCAUUAUUUUGAUUUAUCUAUUAGUUGUUUGGUCAGAAAAUGCUGAUGUUUCCCAAAACCUUGAAACUGUCCACAAACCAAAAUGAGUUUGAAUCAUUUCUUUGUACUAUGGAGCAAAGAAAUCAGAAAAUAUUCACAUUUAAGAAGCCAGAAAAAACAGACUUAAUUUUUCAAUUAUUAAUCAUAUAGUUGCAGAUGAAGUUUGCAAUUGAUUAAUGAAUAAUGAAUCAAUGCAGCCCUACUGCCAAGUAUGAAUAAGCCAUGUGCUAAAUGCCUGACCUUUGUAAGACAGAAUUGUUCACGUGUGAGUUGAUUUGAUUUCAUACUAUUUUUAUUUUUGUACAAAAAAACAAAACCCUUUCAAUAUUUAUGUUUUUUCACUAAAGAAAUACUUAAGUGAAUUAAGGGCACAACACUAAUAUCUCUAUCUUCUCUUCUCAGUCUGAUACUGACACAGUGAACUGAAUUGAUUUUCAUCAGUGUUCUACACUUACAUUCAUCUUUAAUGGUGUGUCAGUGCUAAAUCGUGCCUAUUUAGGAUUUUCAUCAUGUUGCAGUGUCAAUAUUGUUAUUAUUUGUCACUAUAGUCACUGAACCUGCCGGGUUCCUAACUCGAUAAUAAAAAUGAUAAACCAGACUGUGGAACACAGACCAGUCUGUUACACGUGUUAAAACCAAUGUCUAUUAAGAUCAGGGCAGCAACAACUGCUUCUUGUCAUUCUUGUAAUUUGUUGGUUAUUUUCUCAUUUGUUUUGGUGCAAAAAAUGGUCAGUUUCUUUCUGUCAAUGUUUUCAAAGUGAACCAUUUAAGGACAGUUGUGAAAUACUUGCUGAGUAGUUGAAUGAAAAAAUAAAAAUACAGUAAAAAAAAAAAAAA